GUGGAAGAUAAGGUGGCGCGGGAAGUGGACACAGGCUCAGAUCUAACUGGACUCUCGCUCCUGCUGGCUGGACAUGGAGGAUUUGGAGGAAGAUAUAAGGUUUAUUGUGGAUGAGAUCUUGGACUUUGGGGGGCUGUCACCAUCUGACAGCCGUGAGGAGGAAGACAUAACAGUGUUGGUGACUCCAGAGAAACCAUUUCGACAGGGCCUCUCCCACCGAAGUGACCCAAAUGCAGUGGCACCUGCCCCCCAGGGUGUGAGGCUCAGCCUAGGCCCCCUCAGCCCAGAGAAGCUGGAGGAGAUCCUCGAUGAGGCCAACCGGCUGGCCGCUCAGCUGGAGCAGUGUGCCCUGCAGGAUCGGGAGAGUGCAGGCGAGGGCCUGGGGCCUCGCCGAGUGAAGCCCAGUCCUCGGCGGGAGACCUUUGUGCUGAAGGACAGUCCUGUCCGAGACCUGCUGCCCACUGUGAACUCUUUGACGCGGAGCACCCCCUCCCCAAGCAGCCUGACGCCUCGACUCCGGAGCAAUGAUAGGAAGGGGUCGGUCAGGGCUCUCCGGGCUACAUCUGGAAAGAGGCCCUCCAACAUGAAGAGGGAGUCACCCAAUUGCAAUCUGUUCCCUGCAUCCAAAAGCCCAGCAUCUUCUCCUCUUACCCGAUUGACUCCCCCAGUCCGGGGGAGAGCCGGGCCCAGUGGGAGAGCAGCGGCCAGUGAGGAGACCAGAGCAGCCAAGUUGCGGGCCUGCCAGCCAAAUUUCACUCACCAGCUGGAGUGUGUCACCUGGCAGAGGUGCCCUACCUCCGGAUUCUCUGUCAACUCGAAAAGGGCUUCCAAGACCAAGCACUGCAGGACACAGAGUGUGGGAAAGUGGACACAAGGUUCCUGUUUCCCAGCGAGUAAAUCUUCCUGUCAUGGGUGCCACUCGCAGCAAUCUGCAACCCCCCAGGAAAGUGGCAGUCCCAGGACCUGCCAGGUAAAGAGAUCAGGACAGCAAGCAAGACUUCAGUAGCAAACCACUACGGUCAGUACCUGGACUCGCCUCUACCCAGCAGACCCUGACUCCAGCAGACUCUGGCCCAGGGACAGGAGGAAGAGAUGCCACCAGGGCUGGUCUCCCAGGAGUAGAGACCAUGGGAAAUGGGGUGGAUUAGGAUUGAGCUGGAGAAGACUUAAACUCUCUGGGUUGAAAGAAGAUUAGGGGAAAAGAGGUCACCUUCCAGCAAUGAAAUGAAACAAAUAGAAGAUGAGAAGUACAGGCAAGUGGUUUGUCUUUAUCCACCCCCACUGUUGUGGUCAGCCCCAGAGAAUUUUAUCUUCUUCCUUGGCAUUGGUUCACUGGACAUUUCCAUGUGAGCGGCCUCCGUAGCUAACCUCCCCGCCCUCUGAGGAGCCAUCUUCCUGAAUCGCAUUCUCUACUGGACUCUGGCCUGCUUGGAGAGGUGGCAGCAGGCACCUGGUCUUCAGAAAUUGUUUCCUGUGAAUUCUGUGACUCCUAAUAGGCCAGUUUGUGAUAAGCUUACUCUAUGAGUCUUCAUUUUUCUAAAAUAAAGUGAAUGUAUUUAAAAAAAAAAAA